AUGGCGGGCCGAAUACCAGGCCAAAAAUUCAUAACCAAAGCCAGCCAACAAAAUGAAACUCAGCAACCCAAUCAAAAGCCGAAAUCUGCAACAAUAUUCAAGGACAUGGGACCACCAAGAUCAGGUGCUUCAAAGAAAUCCGCAUCAAAGAACCCCCCAGGCCGUGACAGUCGAAAAGAAAAGAAAAGGCCGCAGCAGAGCAAACAGGAAACGGCACCGUCACGGCAUGACCAGACUGGUCAGGAUGGGAACCAGAUCGAUCUCUCCGCCACCAUCCCGCUGACACUCCAGCAACUGCUGCUGAACGUAUUCAAGACGGCUUUGCUUCCAAGUGACGGGCCGCAUGACCAUGACCAUCAAAAUGAAUAUAGAGCACAAACGCCGAGGGCUGAGACUGACAGCGAAUCCCAGGCUCAGACGACCGCCCCCGCUGGAAAAGAAGAACUAGAUAUCAAGUCUCUGGUCCAAACUAUCAAGUCCCAUUUGUAUAAUCGGGACUUUGACUCGGCCUUUGCUGAUGCCGAUGAGGACCUCCUGCGCGCUUAUGCGCUGCGUUGGAGUGCGUCCCGCGCGCUGGGGUAUGCGGGGAUCUUCAAGUCUGUGUUGCGGACGUUGCUGUGCGGGAGUAAUGGAGCUCAGAUCCGGGCCCAGGCGAAGGAGACGAACCAUAUCGUCUGUAUUGGGGGCGGAGCCGGUGCAGAAAUCAUGGCGCUUGCGACUGCCUGGCGGGAUAUGAUGGACGAGACCGCGCUCUCGGAUAGUGUUGGUACGGUUUCGUUAGAGGACGAGAGCGGCGGGCAGUGUCAAAACCAAGACAAAGUUACGACUCCGACCUCGUCGCCGCGGCCAGGGCUGGCUGUUACGGCUGUGGAUAUCGCCGACUGGUCGAGUGUCGUGGACCGGUUGGCGCGGACGAUCCGGUCUCCCGCUGUUCUGGGCACAAAGUCGCAUCCUGCGCCAUUACAGUCGGAGAGGGCAGACAGCUUCGUCGUUAGAUUUGAACGCGCGGAUGUCCUCUCGCUCGCUGAGGAGGGAUUAAGGAAGAUACUGCAUUUAGACGACGCGGCGGCGCCGGCCCGCACGGUCCUGGUUACGCUCAUGUUCACGCUUAACGAGCUCUUCUCGACGUCUAUGGCCAGGACGACGGAGUUCUUGCUCCGCGCGACGGAUCUGUUGGCAGCGGGGACUGUCUUUCUGGUUGUUGAUAGUCCGGGUAGCUAUUCGACGUUGAAAUUGGGGAAGUCGGCGAAGAAGGACGCGGAGGCGGAUGGCGCCUCGGCGGCGCUGCAGGAGAGACGGUAUCCGAUGAAGUUUCUACUAGAUCAUACGCUAUUGUCGGUUGCGGCGGGAAAGUGGGAGAAGAUCUAUGAGCAGGAUUCACGCUGGUGGCGGAGGGAUGCGGCCAGGCUGCGGUAUUAUGUUGGUGAAGGAGCAGGGUUGGAGGAUAUGCGGUUCCAGAUACAUGUCUAUCGCAGGUUGGCUGAUUAG